GCGGGUUUUUGCCACAGCCCCAGAGCUUCCCCCGCGAUUUCCGCGGGCGACUUCUGGCCACCCGCGAGGCGGAGAGAGCCAUGCCCAGCGGCAUUGAUGCCGCCCUGAAAUCCUUGAAGGCGGAUGCCAACGUGCCAGUACCCACCAAGGUGAACUACAAUGGCUUCGAGCCCGAGAAGAAGAAGAAGCCUGAGGUCACGGAGCCCACCAUCGACCCGGAGGAGGUGGGCAUGGAGAAGUGUCAGAAGAUCGUGAAGGAGCAGGAGUUUAAGAUCCGGAAGCUGAAAGAGAAGAUGGCCGGUAUUGCCCCAACGAAGAAGAACAAGGCAGAUAUCACCGCGGUGAAGGACCAGGUCGAGGAGCUGCAGGCCGACGGCAACUACCGGGUGGCCCUGGCCUUCGUGCGGAAGGCGGAGGAGGAGGAGCGGGACAAGCGCCGCGCGGAGCGGGAGAAGGACGACGAGGCGGCGCUGGCGGCCGGGGGCCUGGGCAAGAAGAAAGGCUCUUCGGAGCCGGCGCCGAAGAAGGCGGCUGCUGCAGAGGCAGCGCCCGUGGCGGUUGGCGAGGACUUCGACGCGGACGCGGAGGUGUUGGCGGUGGUGAAGAGCGCGGUGGAGGGCUCCGAGGAGGCGCUGGCGCAGCUGAGGGGCGGCGCGGGGGCCGGGAGCUACAAGAGCGCCAUCAAGCACGAGGUGGCCUCCAUGGCCAGCGGGGCGGAGGAGCUGAUCAGCGCCAAGCUGAAGCGCGCCGCCACCCGCGACGCCGCCCUGAAGACGGUGAGGUCCUUGUGCUGGAACCCUCCGGCGGUGCUGAGCGCGCUGCCCACGCUGCUGCUCCUUCUGGAGGAGGCAAAGUUGAAGAGCGAGCCUGGAGGCACCGCCAUGGACCUCUGCCGCAAGGUGUGCCAGUGCGGGCCCCGCAAAAGCGGCGUGCCCGAGGCGGUGCUGCCGGUGCUGCUGCAGCACCUGGGCCCGGCGGCGGCGGGGAAGUGGAAGGUGAAGGUAGCGGUGCUGGGCUUGUUGCGGGAGCUGCUGCGAGAGGCCAACGAGGCGACGCCCCGGCAGAUGGGCAUCUGGAUGCCGAAGGUCAUGUCGGCUCUCCGAGACGCGGUGGGCGACGCCCGGAAAGAGGUGAAGAAGGAGGCGGAGAGCUUCCUGCGGAGCAUGGCCAAGGAGAUGGCGCAGACCCCGGAGAUCCGGGGCCUGGCGGACGACAUCAUCACCUCCAUCCUGGACAGCGCCAACAUGGAGAAGGCCACCGAGAUUCUGCACCGCAUGGCCAACACCACCUUCCUGAACACCGUGGACUCCUGCGCCUUUGCGCUGCUCUUCCCCACGGUGAGCCGGGCCAUGCGGGAGCAGGCGCACGACGCCAAGAUGAAGGGCGUGCAGAUCGUGGGCGCCUCGGUGAACCUCAUCGCAGACCCCGUGCUGCUGCAGCCGUACCUCCAAGAGCUGAUGCCCCUGCUGCAGGAGUGCCUCCUGCACCCCACGCUGGGGGUCCAGCACGAGGCGGCGAAGAGCUUUGGGUCUCUGGCCUUUGGGCUGCCCGAGAUCUGCGACCAGCAGAUGAUGCCCUUCCUGCUGGAGACGCUGCGCUCCGCAGAGACCAACGAGGACGUCUCGGAGGUGGAGCGCCGCGGCGCCGCGCGGGGCCUCGCGGAGGUGCUGCUGGCUCGGAGAGACUUGCUGCCCGGUUGCCUGCGGGAGACAAUCUUGCCCCGCAUCUCGUCAGGGGACAGCUGCGAGUGCCGGGCUGGGGGCCUGCAGCUGCUGCAGGCUUUGGCCUCCCUGGGCCCGCAGGCCUUCCUGCCGCACCUGAAGCGCUCCCUGCCUUUUGCACUGGAUGCGCUGCAAGAGGAGUCGGAAGUUGUUCACAAGCAGGCCAUUGCCGCGGUGCGGACCCUGAUCGACGAGUACGGGGCCACGGCGCCGCAUCUGCUGCUGCCCCGCAUGCAGGAGGCCCUCUUCUUCCAAGAAGAAGAGGCGCGGACCCGCGCCAUGGACCUCUUCUUCGCCUUGUGCGAGAAGAUCAGCGAGGGGAUGAAGUUCGGCCAGGACUUCCUGAGCAUGGACUGCCUCUCGGCCUUUCACCGGCACAGCUUGCUGGUCUCCAUCUUUAUCGCCCGCACGGACUCCCAUAUGGACGUGCGGCGGGUGGCCACUCUGCUUUGGAAGGAGAAGCUCCAGAGUGGGCCCAAAGCCAAGGCGGAGAUUUUGGGUCUGCUGCUGUCGGUGCUGAAGGCGCUACAACAGGGCAGCGCCGCCCAGAAGUCCGCGGCCGCGAACUGCCUCAAGGAGAUGGAGGCGGGGGAGAAGGAGUUCCUGGCGGCGGCAGAGGUGCAGGUGGGCGCCUGCGGCGUGCUCUUUGCGCAGGAGGCUGCAGACGUGGAGACCGCAGACGAGGAGGUGAAGGCGGUGGAGCAGCCGCUGCAGGGCCGCCAGCGGCCUCAGCUGCUGCGGAAGAGGGCCCAAGAGCAGCUGCAGGUGCUCACCUUCCCGGAGCCCCUGCGGAAGUACAUCAGCGCCGUGCUGGUCUCCUGCUGCAUGGAGUCGCGGACGCGGCAAAGCGCGGAGGACGCCAUCGAGGAGGAGUUGCGGCCGGUGGCCGACAAGGCGGCGCUCGAAGCGGCGGGAGGCACGGCGAUCGCCGCCUUCCAGCUUCAGGCCUUCUUGGACAAGGUCUUCGAGGGAGUGGAGGACCAGGUGGCGGAGGAGGUGCAGCAGAACCAGCGGUCCAGCGACUCGCUGAUCUUCCUGGACGGGCUGCGGAUGAUGUACGGAGGCGGGCAUAUGCUCUUGAAGGAUGCCAUCUUGGACCUGCGCAGAGGGCGCAGGUAUGGAGUUGUGGGUCGCAACGGCGCAGGCAAGACCACCCUCAUGAGCACCAUUGCGGCUGGGGGGGUGUCCGGCAUGAGCUCGGAUGUGAAGACCCUGCACGUGAAGCCGGAGGUGCUGGUGGAGGCGAGCGAUUUGAACGCCAUCCAGUUCUGUAGGAAGGAGCUGAAGAACCAGACGGUGGACGAUGAGGCCAUGGAGGACGCGCUGACGAAGGUGGGCUUCCCCGAAGCCAUGCAGCACAAGUCCGUGAACGAGCUCUCUGGUGGGUGGCGCAUGAAGCUGCUUCUGGCUUCAGCGAUGAUGCGGGACUGCGACAUCCUGCUGCUGGAUGAGCCCACGAACCACCUGGACAAGCAGUCAGUGGAGUGGCUCUCGGAGUAUUUGCGGUCGAUGCCGAAGACGACUUUGAUGGUCAUCUCCCACGACCCCAACUUCCUGAAUAAGGUCUGCACGGAUAUCAUCCAGUACAGCGCCAAGCGGACCCUGGACUACUUCGAGGGCAACUUCGAGGCCUUCCGCAAGGCUCGGCGGAUCAGCUCGGACGAGGAGGCGGAGGCAAUCCUGCUGGGGCGGCACAACUUCGACAACGACAUGGACCCCGAGGAGGCGGUAGACGACGCGGGCAAGGCGAGCGGCGGCGUGACGGCCGCGGUCUUCGACAAGUCCUCCAAGAUCAGCUUCCCCAUCCCUGGAUCCCUGAAGGGCCACUCCACGGCGAAGCCGGUCAUGGAGCUGAAGAACGUGUUCUUCUCCUACGACGACGAGGGUCCGAUGAUCCUCAAAGACAUCAGCUGCAAGAUCGCGCUCACGAGCCGCGUGGGCAUGGUUGGUGCCAACGGCGCAGGGAAGAGUACGCUGCUGAACGUGCUCUGCGGGGAGUUGGUGCCGGUGCCCGGGCCCAACGGCCAAACCGGCGAGGUCUACAAACACCGGAACCUGCGGCUGGCAUACAUCGCCCAGCAGCACAUGUUCCACUUGGCGGAGUUCAUGAACAGCACUCCCUACGUGUACAUACAGAGGCGCUACCAGAACGGCUACGACGAGGCCCUCCAGAGGCGACUCAUGGAGCCUCCCAACGAGGAGGUGGCCAAGCGCCGGAACGAGCUGGCGCGGAAGUACGGAAAGUACGGCUUCGAGGUGGGCAGCAUCCAGAGCCGUGUGGUGAGGGGCAACGAAGUGCUCUACGAGGUUCAGUGGAAAGGCUGCGACGACCCCAAGCAGAACACCUUCGAGAACCUGGCGAAGCUCAAGAAGCUGGACGUGGUGGGCCUGGCCAAGGCCUACGACGAGCGCGUGGCUGCUCAAGCGGCGGGCAUCGACACGCGACCGCUGACGCAGAAGGAGAUCGUGAAGCACCUGGAGCAGUUCGGCCUGGACGAGGACAUGAUUCUGCACCGGGAAAUCGGGGGCUUCUCGGCCGGGCAGAAGUCCAAGCUCACGCUGGGCGCCGCCUUCUGGACGAAGCCCCACAUCAUCGCGCUGGACGAGCCCACGAACUACAUCGACAUGGAGACGUUGGACGCUUUGGUGCAGGGCCUCGCGCGGUACAAGGGGGGCAUCAUCGUGAUCUCCCACGCGAGCGAGUUCGUGAACCAGGUGUGCAACGAGAUCUGGAAGGUGGAGGGCGGAGUGAUUGCCGAGCGGGUGAAGCAAGACAAGAAGUGAGGCUUCUUCUCGAGGAGGCCUCUUCUCUCUUUGCACGCGGCCAAGGCUUCGGCCUUUUCGCGCCUGCCUGCGCCAGGCCUCGUCUGGACCCUCAAAAAGGCGGCUUGGGACUGGCGUUCGAAAAGGCCGGCAAGCCAGAAAUCCUAAAGCCAAGUCGA